AGGUUUGGAUUAGCAGACAGCCCUUGCCACUGUGCGUCCUCCACUCGGAGCUGUGAACUCUACCCGCGUCGCCCUGCCUGGUGGGCUGCAGAGCCAUGGCAACCGAGGAGAAGAAGCCCGAGGCCGAGGCCGCCCGGGCACAGCCCACCCCGUCGUCAUCGGCCACGCAGAGCAAGCCCACACCUGUUAAACCAAACUACGCUCUGAAGUUCACCCUGGCUGGCCACACGAAAGCUGUGUCCUCCGUGAAGUUCAGCCCGAAUGGGGAGUGGCUGGCGAGUUCGUCUGCAGAUAAACUCAUUAAGAUUUGGGGAGCAUAUGAUGGAAAAUUUGAGAAAACCAUCUCUGGUCACAAGCUGGGAAUAUCUGAUGUGGCCUGGUCCUCAGAUUCUAACCUCCUUGUUUCUGCCUCAGAUGACAAAACCCUGAAGAUAUGGGACGUGAGCUCGGGAAAGUGUCUGAAGACCCUGAAGGGACACAGCAAUUACGUCUUUUGCUGUAACUUCAACCCCCAGUCCAACCUUAUCGUCUCGGGCUCUUUUGACGAAAGCGUGAGGAUAUGGGACGUGAAGACGGGGAAGUGCCUCAAGACCCUGCCUGCGCACUCGGACCCCGUCUCAGCCGUUCACUUUAAUCGCGAUGGAUCCUUGAUAGUUUCAAGUAGCUACGAUGGUCUCUGUCGGAUCUGGGACACCGCCUCGGGCCAGUGCCUGAAGACGCUGAUCGAUGAUGACAACCCUCCCGUGUCGUUUGUGAAGUUUUCUCCGAAUGGCAAGUACAUCCUGGCUGCGACCUUGGACAACACACUGAAGCUCUGGGACUACAGCAAAGGCAAGUGCCUGAAGACGUACACGGGACACAAGAACGAGAAGUAUUGCAUAUUCGCCAACUUCUCCGUCACUGGAGGGAAGUGGAUUGUGUCGGGCUCGGAGGACAACCUGGUCUACAUCUGGAACCUGCAGACCAAGGAGAUUGUACAGAAGCUUCAGGGCCACACAGACGUUGUCAUCUCGACGGCCUGUCACCCGACUGAGAACAUCAUCGCUUCGGCUGCCCUGGAGAACGACAAGACGAUCAAGCUCUGGAAGAGUGACUGCUAGGCCCGCCGUGCAGAGGGACUGUCGGGAAGCCCACCCGGAUUGGCGAGAGCGCGACUCUCGGGGGGGCUCCCGUGGUCCAGGCCCGGGGACCGGAGGGGCCUGGGCCUGGGCCGCCUCUGAAGAUGACUUGGCCGGGGCGUGUCUCCCACUGGAGGAUUUUAGAAGUUGCUGGUGGAGUUUCUCACCAAUCGCUCUCACCGUCGGGGAAGAGUUCCCAGUCUGUAUUGUGUUCAAAGAGAGUCAACAGAAAUUUUUAAUUUUUUAUUACAAAAAGGUGAAGUUCAA